CUGGUGGUAUACGUAUGUACUGUCCCUUGAUAGCGUCCCUUCUCGAUGGCAUGAUGUCAAUCGCUUUUGGUCGUCUGAAAUGUUGAAUGAUUGGCGAACGGAUGCUCCAGACACUCGGACAUGGCACACCGUUCGACAUACGCGAAUUAUGUGAUUGUCGGAUGGAGCGAUAAAUGAACCCGAAUGGAACACGGUCGUGAUAUUACUGUUGAUGUUUCUCUAGCCGGGAGCCUCCCCGUGUGCGCGCUCGCGUGAGAUGUAACCUGAUGUCCUGAAACGUUAACGCCAACGUUAACAUUUAUUGUUAACGGAAUCAUUGAAUUUUCGCGGCCGGCAAACAUUAUUAGGGUCUCUAAAGAUGAACAAGAAGGUGGUCACCGUGUUUUACCUGACGCUAAACAUAGUCUUCUCAAUUGUUAUCGUGCUCCUGAACAAAUGGCUCUACGUCCACACACGCUUUCCAAACAUCACGCUGUCCAUGAUACACUUCUUCAUGACGUUCGUCGGCCUGAUAAUCUGCGAGAAGCUGGAUGUCUUCUGCGUCAAGGACAUCGACAUCAAGGAGAUGGUGUUGAUCGCCAUGACGUUUUGCGGUUUCGUCGUCCUGACGAACCUGAGCCUGGCCCACAACACAGUCGGGACUUAUCAGGUGGCGAAGAUGCUCACCACGCCCUGCGUGAUAGUGAUGCAGAUGAUAUUUUAUAGGAAGCACUUUGGCAUACUCGUUAAGUUGACUCUGAUACCGAUUACGCUGGGAGUCGUGAUCAAUUUUUAUUACGACAUACAAUUCAACGUCGUUGGUACCAUCUAUGCGACGCUGGGAGUACUCGUGACAUCUCUGUAUCAAGUUAUGAUAAACAGAAAGCAGAAGGAGUUUCAAAUGGAUCCAAUGCAGUUGUUAUUUUAUCAAGCGCCACUGUCUGCCGUUAUGCUGUUGAUCGUUGUCCCAAUUUUGGAGCCGGUCGGACAGACAUUCACGCACAGUUGGUCGUUGUUGGACAUAAUCAUGGUGAUACUGUCGGGUGUGGUCGCGUUCUUCGUGAAUUUAACUUCCUACUGGAUCAUAGGAAAGACUUCGCCUUUAACAUACAAUAUGGUUGGACAUUCCAAAUUCUGCCUUCUGCUGCUAGGAGGCUCGUUACUUUUCCACGAAACGUUAGCGAUAAAUCAAGUCGUUGGUAUAACUUUGACAUUGGUGGGAAUCAUAUUAUACGCUCAUGUUAAGAUGAAAGAUAUCCAGACGAUAGUAGCAGAGUUUGAAGACAGAGAAGCAAAGCCUCUGUAUAAAGUGUGAUUCCAUUUUAGGGAGGAUAUAGAAUCGAAGGAAUUGAAAGAAAUAAAUCCCUGUACUUAAUAAACGCAUAAGUUUUGUAAGCUGUUGAAAUCUACAUUACAAUAAACGUUUAUUUAUUAUUCUCGAA